AUAUCUUUUCAGAUUUAAAAUACUUAAGCUUCAUUUAUUUGUCGAGUUUAAUUUUCUCAACAACAAACGUUCCAUUAUUAAAGUCGGAUUAAAAGGAGUGAAACGGGAGACAGUCGCGGUGGAAUAUAUAUGUAAUUUUCGCAGAAGUCCAUGUCUUCUUUUACACAAUCUUACUAGUUUAUCUAUUAAUUGUCUUUAAUCAUCAGUCACCCGUGAAAUCAAUUUAUAACGGAUGGUAUUAUUCUUACACAAUGGAAUACAUAUAUUGAACUGACGUCAUCAUUUGGCAAAGUUAAAAAGUUUCUAUAGCCUGGAUAUCCAGGGAUAAGAAUUGAGUGCUGGAAUCCAUUAAAAAUCAUUAUUUUUUUAAGCAGUGACAUUCCUAACAAAAGAGAUAUUAAAGGAUAUUACAACAUAUUUACCAGAAAUAUAUAUUUUUUUCCAUAAUUUACGUAAUUCGGAUUUGGAUAAUAAAUUAAAGAAACGUCGAGAUAACUGCCAAUUCAUAUAUGUUAAAUGAACUUGGAAUUACUUUUAUAGUAAACUAAAUACUCUUUACAAAUAACUAAGGCUCCAGUAAAUACGAAAUGCAGCAAUGCAGCCUUAUAAGUUUCCAUCUAAAAUAAAAUGUUUGGGAUUUUAACAACGUAAAAUCGUGAAGUGAAGUCAAUAAUACUGUGGAUUUCUUGAUAUGGCUGCCAGUGGAAAUGAUGGAGUCAAGAAAAAAGACCCUUUUGGUGCUAAUCUUGCAACUGCAGCUUUUGCUUUAGCUGGUAAGCCUGAGCCCCCUAAAGAACCAGAUGAACGCCCUGAAUCGCGAAUUAAAUUGUAUACAGAAGAAUCAUGGAAAAACCAAGUGGAACAGGCGGCAGCAGCUCAGAAAAAGUUCGAGAAAACAGGAGGUGUUGCUGAAGCUCAUCUCGUAGACGGGGAAUUAAAAUUUGACGAUGACGAAGAGGAAGCUAAAAAGGACCGAGAUCCGAAUUUGGUGGAAGGAAAUCUGCUCCCCGUGGAAUAUUCAGAUGUUUUCGAUGAUAAAUUACUAGGAAAACCUAUAGAAGAAAUAGACAAAUAUAUGAAAGACAAGAGUUUAGUUUCUCCAUAUAGUAUGACAUUUAUUGCAGUAGCACCUAGAUUUAAAAGAAAAUUCAUCUACAGAUUUACUUCCGAAAAAGCUUUGUUUUUACUAACUCCAUGGAAUCCUGUUAGAAAAUUGGCAGUUUACAUUGCAACGAAUCAGUUCUUUGAUUAUGUUGUGAUAUUGACGAUUUUAACGAACUGUGUUUUUAUGUCCCUGGGACCAGAUUCAAAAGCUGCAGAAACUGCAGAAUAUGCCUUUCUCGCCAUAUAUACAUUAGAAUCAAUUAUCAAAAUAUUAGCAAGAGGUUUUAUUCUCCACAAAUUUACAUAUCUGAGAGAUCCGUGGAAUUGGUUAGAUUUUGCUGUCAUAGUUUCAGCGUAUAUUACAACAAUAAUUUCUGAAGUCAGUGGUAGCUCUGGGACAAAUCUACAGGCUCUUAGGACAUUCAGGGUUUUCAGAGCAUUGAAAACAAUUUCUAUCGUUCCAGGUCUAAAGACGUUAGUUGGUGCAUUACUUAGGGCUUUCAAGUUAUUAUUUGAAGUGAUUAUCCUGAUAACGUUCUGUUUAGCUGUGUUUGCUUUAUUUGGAUUACAAGUUUAUAUGGGAGUAUUAAGACAAAAGUGUGUUGUAGAUGUUCCAAGUUAUAAUGCGACUAGUUCAUUGAAUUAUUUAGCUUAUUACAACGAUUGGAUCAAAAAUACAUCUAACUGGUAUGAAGAUCCAGAUAAUUCUGGUACUUAUGUUAUUUGUGGUAAUGCCAGUGGUUCAGGGCAAUGUAAUAGUGGCUAUACAUGUUUACCAGACAUCGGAGAGAAUCCCAAUUUUGGUUACACUAGUUUUGACCAUUUUGGUUGGGCCAUGUUAACAUCAUUUCAGCUCAUUACUCUGGACUUCUGGGAAGACUCAUAUAACAAGAUCAUCCGUGCCUCUGGUCCAUGGAACGUGUUGUUCUUCGUUAUUGUUGUAUUCUUUGGAUCUUUUUACCUGAUAAACUUGAUGUUAGCUGUUGUGGCUAUGUCCUAUCAAGAAGAGGCUGUCAGUGCAGGGAAGGAAGAACAGGAGUUGCAAAAGCAUGAGGACGAGAAAAAGGAAAAAGCAGACAAUGAAAAGAAACAGAAAGAAAGAGAAAAACAAAAGCUAAAGGAACUAACAAGUGCCACAAAAGCUGCUCAAAAAUGGAAUCCAGGACAUCGAAAAAAUAAAACAGGGAUCCUUAAUAAAGACCAAAAAGAUUCUGGUACAAAAAAUGAUAAAAAUGACAAAAAAUCUGAUACAACAAAUGGUGAACCGCUUAUCAAAUAUGGAAAAGGUAGGAAUCCUAUGGUUAAAAUGCCCAGUAAGGACAGUGGUUAUUCUGUGGAAAGCAAAGGUAGCUCCCAAUCAAAUGGAAAAGAUACACCUAGAGAUGAAGGGGACAACGUCAGUUGGGAUAGUGACUCUAAUCCACGCAAAGCAGACUCAGGAACAGGAUCUCUCAGCCAGGAACCAGUCUAUGAAAAGAAGACAUCUAAAUCCAAAGAAUUAAAUGGUGGAUUGACACAUCCACGUUCAUUUCUGGAUCAAAGUAUAAUAUCUUCGUCAGAUGUCCAAAUUAUGAAAAGUGCAGGAAGAUUCAGUAGUUUGUCAAGGGAGGAAACUGUAGUCAUUAUCAAACCUGAUGAAGAUGGCAAUGUUUCUGUUAGAGGAAAAGAUGAACUGGUGGACAGAAAUUGUGCAUGUUGUUCCAACACAAAAAUGUUUGUUUGUUGGCUCAAGUUCCAGAAUGGUCUUAACAUCUUUGUCAGUGACCCACUUUUUGACCUGUUUGUCACAAUAUGUAUUGUUUUGAAUACACUGUUUAUGAUGUUGGAACAUCAUGGCCAACCACAAGAACUUACAACAACUUUGGAGGUUUCAAACUAUAUUUUUACCUCAGUUUUCAUACUUGAAGCUGUCCUGAAGAUAAUGUCAUGGAGCAAGUUUUACUUUAAGUCUGGAUGGAAUCUUUUUGACUUUGUUAUUGUUAUAGCCAGUAUUAUAGAUAUCAGUCUAUCAGAUAUUCCAAGUUUUUCUGUCUUUAGAUCCUUCAGAUUGUUGAGAGUUCUGAAGUUGGCCCAGUCCUGGAAAACAAUGAGACUACUACUACAGAUUAUUUUGAGUACAUUAGGAUCUCUUGGACCUUUAACCCUUAUUCUGAUAAUUGUAAUCUACAUCUUUGCUGUUAUAGGACUACAAUUAUUCAGUAAAAGUUACACAUCUUCUGUAUUUGGAGAUGACAUUCCAAGGUGGCAUUUCAAAGACUUUUUCCACGCUAUGAUGAUGGUGUUUCGAGUUCUAUGUGGGGAGUGGAUAGAACCAUUGUGGGACUGUAUGAGAGCAGAAGGAGAACUCUGUAUGGUGGUUUUCCUACCCACACUGGUAUUGGGAAACUUUAUUGUACUGAAUCUCUUCCUCGCCUUGUUAAUUAAUGCUUUCGCUAGUGAUAAUUUGAAAGCCAAUGGAGAUAAAGAAGAAGACAACAAAAUGUUGGCGGCUGUUAGAAGAAUCAAAGAGAUUUGUUGUUGUUGUUUAAGUAAGAAAGUAGCACCUAAUGAGGCAGAGAUUGAGGAAGGUAUGGAACUCUCUUCUGAUAUUGAGAGUAUUAAUAGCAAUGACAAAAAUGGUAAUCCAAAAGUAGAUGGAAAGGAUAAGAAAGGUUCUGAGAAAUUAAAACUACCCCCAAUAUCACAGUCUAAUGGAGCUGUACAGAAUAAAGACAACAAUAACAAGGAUGCUAAAGGAAAAGACAAAGAUGCAGCAACUGGAAAAGACAAAGAUGCAGCUACUGGAAAAGACAAAGAUGCUGCCAAAGGAAAAGACAUAGAUGAUGCCUUUAAAACAAAGAGGGACACUUAUUCCAGCUUUAAUGACGCAAAAAAUGCCUCUGCUAAAAAGGAAGACAAGGAAAAGAGCAAAGAUGACAAAGAUAACAAAAAUAAAGAUUCAAAAUCAGAAAAUGAAGACGAUUUGUCUCUUGGAGAAGAAGCUUCAACUCAUUCAAAGAAAGAUAAAGAGGAAGAGAAGAAAGAAGUUGUUGUUAAUGAUUGUUUUCCUCUCAUGUGUUCAAAAAGUAUUGAACUAAGGUUUUGUAGUAAUGGCUGGGAACAUUUUGACCAAACUACAUGUGGGAUAAGAUGGUACAAAUUUCGUCGUGUGAUGACCAUGAUUGUAGAAAGCAAAGUAUUUGAAGCUAUUGUUUUGAUUUGUAUUGGCUUGAGUAGUAUGUCAUUGGCUUUUGAAGAUAUUUAUUUGUACCAGAAACCUGAACUGGAGCAAGCUCUGUAUAUCAUCAAUAUUAUAUUUGUUGUCCUGUUCACCAUUGAAAUGUUGAUGAAAUGGCUUGCUCUUGGGAUGAAGACAUAUUUCAGCAGUUUUUGGACAAUUCUUGAUUUUAUCAUUGUUGUUAUAUCUUGGGCCAGUUUUGCUGCAGCUGCAGCAGGUGCUGCUGACAUUUCUGCUUUCCGAUCUCUGAGAACACUUCGUGCUUUACGUCCACUCAGAGCCAUUUCAAGAUGGCAAGGAAUGAAGAUUGUUGUCAAUGCUCUGAUGCUGUCAAUCCCCUCCAUUAUAAACGUGAUAAUUGUCUGUCUGGUAUUCUGGCUCAUUUUCAGUAUUAUGGGAGUGCAGUUCUUUGCUGGAAAGUUUUUCAAAUGUGUGGAUAAUGAUGGAGAGAAAUUUGAUCCAUCUGUAAUAGCUAAUAAAUCCCACUGUAUUUCUAGUGGCUAUAAUUGGACUAAUUCAAAAAUAAACUUUGACCAUGUAGGACAGGGAUUCUUAUCCUUAUUCCAAGUGGCCACAUUUGAAGGUUGGAUGGAGUUGAUGGAAGAUGCAGUAGAUGCUACUCAGGUUGAUAUACAGCCUUCGUUUGAGUCCAACAUAUGGUACUAUCUUUUCUUUGUGGCAUUUAUUGUGUUUGGAUCUUUCUUCACAUUAAACCUGAUUAUAAGUGUUAUCAUUGACAACUUUAAUGAACUCAAGAAACAGUAUGAAGGACAUGUGUUGGAUAUGUUUCUGACAACAACACAGCGUAAUUAUAUGAACACAUUAAAGAAACUGGGAAACAAAAAACCACAGAAAACCAUUAAAAGACCAAAGAACACAAUACAAGGUGUAUUUUAUGAUGUAGCAGUGAGCACCAAGUUUGAUCUAUGUAUAGUGGUUGUAAUAUUCAUGAACAUGAUAGUGAUGGGCAUAGAGCAUUACAAACAGUCAGAAAUGGUAGUAGAUAUCUUACAAAUUAUGAAUAUUAUAUUCACAACAGUAUUUACUCUGGAAGCAGCCAUCAAGAUAAUAGGAUUGCGGCUUCAUUAUUUUAGACAGCCCUGGAAUGUGUUUGAUUUUAUUGUUGUUGUGCUGUCUAUACUAGCAAUCAUUCUAGAAGAUAUAUUAGAGAGUCUGUCCGUUUCACCAACACUUCUUCGUGUCGUGAGAGUUUUUAGGAUUGGACGUGUGCUUAGACUAAUUAAAGCAGCUAAGGGAAUAAGAAAACUUUUGUUUGCUUUGAUAAUUUCAUUACCAGCUUUAAUAAAUAUCGGAGCUCUCCUGUGUUUAAUUAUGUUUAUAUAUGCUAUUAUUGGCAUGUCAAGUUUUGGUAACUUGAAAAUUGUUGGUGGAAUUUUGGAUGAGGAUGUGGUGAAUUUUAAGACGUUUGCCAGUAGCUUUGUGUUACUAUUGAGACUGUCUACUUCUGCUGGUUGGAAUGAUAUUUUAGAACCUCUUUUAAUACAACCUCCAGAUUGUAAUGAUCAAUACAUUACUCGUCCGGAUGGAACCUUGUACAAACAAGAUAACGGUGAUUGUGGUACGCCAUGGCUAGCUUAUUUUUUCAUGUGUUCAUAUAUAUUAAUUAUUUUCUUAAUUAUAAUCAACACAUACAUUGCUGUUAUUUUGGAGAAUUUCAAUCAAGCUCACCAACAGGAAGAGGUGGGAAUUACUGAAGAUGAUUUUGAUAUGUUCUACGUUGUAUGGGAAAAAUAUGACCCACUUGCAUCACAGUUUUUAAAAUAUGAGCAUUUAACUAGUUUUGUUGCCGAUCUUGAAGAACCUUUAGGGAUACCAAAACCAAAUGAAAUAGCUUUAGUUGCCUUUGAUCUUCCAAUUGUGGAAGGUGAUAAAAUACAUUGUUUAGAUAUUUUAAUGAACCUUGUAAAACAUGUGCUAGGGCGUGUUGAAGAAACAGAAGAAUUUAGGCAAUUGAAAAAAGAACUUGAACUUAAAUUCUCUGAAACGUUCCCAACUAGAGUAAAAACAACUAAGACAUCAAGUACUAUGAUGAAGAAAAAAGAAGAUGUGGCUGCAAAGACAUUACAGCGUGCUUGGAAAAGUUGGAAAACUCAAAAGAGUUUACGUAACAUCACACAGCUAGCAAAAUUACAAAAAUCUCAAGAAGAAGAAGCUGCUUUAACCUCACAAAAAGGCAACAGUAUUAUAAGCUUGGGUCGUAGACUCAGUAGUGCUUUGAGUCAGUUUUUCAGCUCGUCAAGACCUACAAGUGCAACAAGUCGCGCUAGUGUUAAAAGUAGUACUGCAUUAACUAGAAAACCUACAAAGAAAAACACAUUACAAGUUCCAAGUGUAGGCUCGCUCUACUCACCAAAUCAACACAAGUCAGACAUUGAUUUAUGAUAAUGAUGACUUCAUAAAAUAAGGAAAGUAGAAAAGAUUCUGCAAAUGUUUCAAAUUAAAGAUUGUUGAAUGGCCUAAAAUGACAUAAUGAGUUUUAUUUGUAUGUUGAAGAUGUUGUGGUAUACCUACAAUGAAAUAAAAUGGCAUUUCCUUUCCAUAUCUAACCCUUAUUAUCAUCUAUUGUAAAACCAUUCACAAAUGAUUCUCAAAACAAAUUAAUGCCUCCUAGUUGACAUAUAUCAGCAUUUGAAAAUUAGAAAUUCUUUCAUUGAGGUAUAUCUUACAACAUUUGCAGAAUUAAUAUUAUUAUGCAUGAAGCCUACAUAGUAUUUAUGUACGACACAAAGUUCUUCCUUGGUCAGAUGUUCUAACAUAAGGCCAGCAGUAUUUUGUAACCAAAAAUCUGAACGAAUAACUGUUGUUAUAAAUUAGAAGACACUCUAGCAUUUUGAAUAUGUAUUCUGUGAUAUUUUAUACAACUGAUGCAAAAAUUCAUUGUUGUUGAUUUGUCAAAAUAUAUGCCAAAAUUUGUAUUGCACAUUGAUAUCACUCAUAAGUUUGGAUGUGCAUUUAUAUUCCUACCCACAAUUCCUAGUCACUGUUUAUUUGACUGUUCCUUGAUGUGUCACACAUUAACAGGGUUCCAGUCCUUUGAAAACUCAUACAAGAUCCUAUAAAUAUCAAACUUUAUUUAGAUAGGAUUUUUAAAGUCAGUUCAUUUAUUAAAUGUUUUCCAAGUUUUGUAUCAAUAAGUAUUGUCCUUCAAAUUUUGUCUAAAUUUGAUGGAACUGUUUUGGGUACUUGAGAAAGAGAUUGGUAAUCAAUGGUAAAUUUGCCUUCUUAUUCUGGUGUUUGCAAAAGCAAAACCAAGGAAAUAAUGAUAAAUUUGUUAAAAUAAAAUAAAAUGACUUGAUUACUUAUGCCAGGUCACCAUGAAGAAAUUCAAUGACAUUUGUGUAAGAUAAAUACACAUUAUAAAUAAUUCUAUUACAGUAUUAAAAAAAGUUGAAUUAGACUAAAAAAAUAUUGUGUUUUUUUUUUUAACAAAAAUCAAAAUAUUCGCUUCAUUAUAUUCAACGUCCUUCACCCUUUGCUCAAAUUAUAUUUAUAUAUGCACAUUCCAGUUUUAAUUUGUACCAUGAAGCAUUUAACCAAUUUACAUUUACAUUUAAUUUUGAUUUUGUUUAUGGUUCUGUUUAUAUACUCAGUUGUUUUAAACAUGUAGUCCUGUCGUAUUUAAUUUCCAUGUGAUAUUAUCAUAUUAUGAUACAACUAAAGAGGGUAUUCCUUUUUAACAGAUUUUUAUUUUUAUCAGAAUUGAUAUGUUUAUUUGAUUUUACUUAGUUCUUACUCAGAAAAGUUUUGUGAUAUGAUAUUUUAAAGGUAACCAAUGAGAUAUUAAAGAAACCCAAUACCUGAUAUGAAAGUAUUGUCUGAAAUAUUAGGAUUAAUUUUUACAAAUAUUUUUCUUUCACUGAAUACUGAAUGAACUUUUUUGAUAGUUGUCUCAUUGGAAAUCAUACCACAUCUUCUUGUUUUUAUAUUGUUUUUUUUUAAUUUCAACUAAGAUUUAUUUUUUAAUAAUAAGUUUUAUGUGAUGUAAUUUUCUGUUAAAUUUAUGCAUUUGUGUUUGAAAGAAUGAAAAAUUCAUCAGUAAGCCAUUUUGCAUUGGAAUAAUUUGAAUGUUGAAAAAGCAAACCUGCGAAUAUGAUUUUUUUUUUAUGUUUUUAGUGUUUUGUUUUUUCUUUCAAUUUCAAAGUUUGAAUGUUGUCAUUUUAAUAUGCAGUCAAAAGUGCUUAUUUUGAAAGGUUUAGUAAUAUGAAUAAUUCAUUUUUUGACAUAAUGAAGGAAGGGUGGGAAUAAAAAUUUACCUAAAUGAAAUCUAAUAAUAAAAAUAGAACCAAUGGUAGCUGCAAUUUUUGCUGUGACUCACUCAAGGCUUAACAUGAGUGUUGCCUUUCCUCUGUCAUAUAGGUUCAAAAUUACCGUAAAAAGUUGUGGUUAAUCUGCAUUUAUGUUUAAUCUGCACACCCUAUUUGGCCAUUGGAAUUCAGGACAAAAACUUUUUCAUUACUUGGUGAAAAUCUGAUAAGUUUGAAGUCAUAUAUGGUCCUCUGCUUUCCUUUAUCAAAAAUAUGAUGGAAUAUGUUAAUAAACGAUUUUUGAACACUUUACGAGAACCAAAAGCAUCCAAAACAAAUACAGAAUUUGUGUUUAUCAUUAACUGGAAAUUGAAAAGCAAACAAGUUUGGUCUAUACAUACUACUUUAAAUGUACAAUAGUGCUAUCAUUAUGUAAAAACAUUGUUUAAUUUAUUCAAUUUAUUUAUUAACAUUUGAAAUACUUACAGUUAAAAGAAAAGACAAACUGCAUGCUGUCUUAAACACCAAAUCUAAACAAAUAACCGAUUACUUUCCUGACUUUAUAUAUCAUUAGGCAGUUUCAAUCAUGAUUUGAAUGCUAUGAAGAAAGAAAUAUGUACUGAAGCAUUACAAUUUGAUACUUAUCAGGAAAUUCUUGAUUUUCUUUUAAAAUUGCAUAAUAAUAUAAAUUAUGCAAAUAACUAAAAUAAUUAAAGAAAUCGGGUUGCCUUCUACCUGGUCAAGAAAAACCAUGGCAGCAGAUGUAAAAAAAAAAGGACAUUGUGGAAUUGACAUUUCUCUUACUUAUUGCUUGUGGCAUUGUAUUAGCACACAUCCCUGCCUGGCAAGUUGAAUUUUGGAGUAAAAAAUUGUGGAUAAUACAAGACUUUGAGCUUUAGAUCUGUUUAAUGGUAAUUUCUUAUAAGAAGUCAGUAGGAUAUUUGUUCAGUUGCAUUGCAUGCAGGGGAGACAAAUCUUUCUGUUAACAUUUUAUAUUAUUAAAUGGAAAUUAAAUUUAUACACAAACAUUUAUGCCCCUUAAUUACCCAAGUUUGAAUCAAUAAAACAUGCUUUGAUACUUUAUCAAAUUUACAAAAUCUUGACAUUCAAGUUGUUCAUGUUUUAGUGUAUGCAUCAUGAUGUAAAACAGUUUAUAUUUAAUUGUAACUAAUAAGGGUUUCGAGUGAAAUAUUCUAAUAUUGCAAUUCCUUCUCAUAUGUUGUAUAUUCUAAGUAAUUGUAAAUAAGAUUAAUUGUUUUAUUAUUAAUUCUGUUGAUUUUUUAAAGAUAUAUAUCUAUACAGAAGUAUGUAAAAGUAACAAUACCUGUAAUUUACUGCUUGAAAUUCUUUGUUGAAGUUUUGAUUUCAUUAUCACUAUAAUGAUGAUUGAGCUAUUACAACCAGAAAUGUAUUUUGUUUACAUGUGUAUUUUUCGUCAUAUUAACUCUCAAUUCAUUUCAUACAUACUUUUUCCAAAUAAACUGUUUUGAAAAAGAA